AUUUUGGAUUAGGGCAAGGAGAGAACACGGCCCAGAAAUAGGGGGCGGAGGGCGUCGUCGUGAGCAGAAUUGCGCAGGGGCAAAGGUCGAGCGGUCCUGCUGCCGCCGUUUUUUGAAGACAUCAUCCAAUUCUGAUUAUGGACUCGCAGCCAUCGAACCUUAGUUUCCAUCCCCUCUAGCGGGGACUGUAGUGACUUCUCUCCUUCCCUUGAGCCCGGGCCGAGGAGGCGUUCUCGGACGCGGGAGGUUACGCAGGCCUAGGCGCGGCCAGGGAAGGCGACCGAUCCGUUGCCGGCGCUGACAGUCCCCAUGGCGCCGCCUCUGGCCACGCUCCCUUCCUGGGACCCAAACAGGGCCGGGCCCGAGUGCAGGAAGUCUGGGGCCGUGAGCUUCGGGGACGUGGCCGUGUACUUCUCCCGGGAGGAGUGGGGCUGUCUGCGCCCCGUGCAGAGGGCCCUGUACCGAGACGUGAUGCGGGAAACCUACAGCCACCUGGGCGUGCUCGGAGUCGGAGGCAGCAAGCCGGCCUUCAUCUCUUGGGUGGAGGAGGAGGCCGAACUGUGGGGUCCUGCUGCCCAGGAUCCGGAGGUGGCUAAGCAUCCGACAGAAGCGGACCCAGCAGAUUCCAGAAACAAGGAAGAGGAAAGACAAAGGGAAGGGACGGGAGCUCUGGAGAAACCCCUCCCUGUGGCCACAAGGCCUCCUGGGCUGAAGGCUCCCCAAGGCCCCUUUGGCGGGUUGGAGCAGCCAUCCAAGGCGCGGCGCCGGAGUCACCCCCGUUUCUUUGCCCACCCCCCUGUCCCACGAGCGGACCAGCGUCAUGGCUGCUACGUGUGCGGGAAGAGCUUCGCCUGGCGCUCCACGCUGGUGGAGCACGUCUACAGCCACAGGGGCGAGAAGCCCUUCUACUGCGCGGACUGCGGCAAGGGCUUCAGCCACGCUUCCUCCCUGAGCAAACACCGGGCCAUCCAUCGUGGGGAGCGGCCCCACCGCUGUCCCGAGUGUGGCCGGGCCUUCCUGCGCCGCACAGCGCUGAUUUCGCACCUGCGCAUCCACACAGGGGAGAAACCCUGCAGCUGCCCGCAGUGUGGCCGUUGCUUCAGCCUGAAGACAGGCAUGGCCAAGCACCAGCGGGUCCAUCGGCCUGGGGGCGGUGGGCGCAGGGGCCGGCGCCCUGAGGGGCUGUCUGUGACCCUGACCCCUGGCCAUGGGGAUCUGGACCUGCCUGUGGGCUUCCAGUUAUACCCAGAGAUAUUCCAGGAGUGUGGGUGACCAGGUGUGAUCUAGACAUUGAGGGAGGCCUGAGAUGGGCUCAGGGGCCUGAAUCUCUGCAGCAGCCUGCAGGGAGGUCCUAGAAUCCCCGGCAAGAGCUGGCUCUGGGGUGAAACAGCAAAAGCUGUUUCUCAGCCCAGAGAUGCUAACAGGAUUGAGAUAGAGAAGAACCUUGUUUUACCUAUUGUCUUUUUUUUUUCUUUUUUAAUUUUUUGAGAUGAAGUUUCACUCUUGUUGCCCAGGCUGAAGUGCAAUGGUGCGAUCUCACUGAAACCUCCUCCUCCUGGGUUCAAGUGAUUCUCCCUGCCUCAGCCUCCCGAGUAGCUAGGAUUACAGGUGCCUGCCACUAUGCCCAGGUAAUUUUUUUGUAUUUUUAGUAGAGACGGGGUUUUACCAUGUUGGUCAGGCUGGUCUCAAACUCCUGACCUCAGGUGAUCCACCGGCCUCA